GCUCAAAAGUUUCUCAAAUGCGUAUCUCGUCUAAUUUUUUUUAAAUAACAUUUAUAUCACGCAUAUUCUGAUUCGGGCACGUUAAUUUUACAUCGCUGAUUUUAUUCAUUGUGUUAUCCACUUCAGUGGAUAAUAUACAAUGCGCAUAUUUAUAAUUAUAUCGUAGGUUUGUAAUCGUAAUUUUAAAAGUCUGAAGAAGUUUCCUCAAGAAGUGAUAACACGCAUGCGUCGCUAAAUAUUACGCAAUUGUAGAAAUCCAUUCGAAAAACGUGGACGAUAUUUUUACGCGGGUAUAUAUCAUAGUGAAAAAUGAUGAAGAGUGAAGUAUCGUCCGAGAAUAAAUUGCGGUGGUACUUAUCGCUAUUACAAUAAAAAAUAAAUGAACAUAAUAUACACGCAUCGCCUACUCGGUUCAGUGUUGAGUGUCAGUCAUACGGAUACACACGAAGUGUUCUCGUGAGGAUCUUGAAGCGUAGGUACUACUGUCGACGAUGUACAUGCAUACGUGUAUGUAGUCUAAUUUGCGCUUUUGUGCUGUCAUUAUGUCAUUUAUAUCAUCUUCAGUAGGGAUGUGUGCGCGAAGAAUAAACAAACAGCUGUUAGCGCACAACACUUCGGUUAUUAAACAAAUGGUUCGAAAUUUGGAGGUGCAUGAGCACAUGGCGUACACUUUAUUAAAAGAAGCUGGCAUUCCUACCCCGCCUUUCUGGGUGGCAAAGACAUCCGAUGAAGCUGCCACUCUAGCCAAGAAUCUGAAUACGAAGGAUCUCGUGCUGAAAGCACAAGUUCUGGCUGGAGGUAGAGCGAAGGGACAGUUUAAGAAUAGCAAUGUUAGCGGUGUCGUAAUGUGCAAUACAAUCGAACAGGUAAAAGAAUUGGCAGAUAAUAUGAUUAACAAGGAGCUUGUGACUAAACAGACGGGAGCAGCUGGAAAGAUAUGCAAUUCUGUGAUGGUAACAACGCGUAUGUUUCCACGUAAAGAGUAUUAUAUGGCAGUGAUGUUGGAACGUGCCUUCGAUGGGCCUGUAAUAAUCGUUUCCCAGCAAGGCGGAGUAAACAUUGAAGACGUCGCUGCUGCGAAUCCCGAAGCUAUAGCAUAUAUACCGAUCGAUGUGAAGAAAGGUUUAACACCCGAGCAAGCGAACAGCGUCGCCGAUAAACUGGGACUCACGGGGAACAGCAAGGAGAUCGCGUCGCUCGUCGCCUCCAAUCUCUAUGACUUGUUCGUCGAGAAGGACGCCCUGCUGCUCGAGAUCAAUCCGUUCGCAGAAGACAUCUGUGGCGAAUAUUACGCUCUGGAUUGCAAAUGCAAAUUUGACGACAGUGCCGAUUUUCGGCAGAAGGAGCUGUUCAACCUGAAAGACACAACCCAGAUGGACCCGAAAGAGGUCGUGGCGGAGAAGCACAACUUGAAUUACAUAGCUCUCGACGGAAAUAUUGGCUGCAUGGUGAACGGAGCCGGACUGGCGAUGGCCACUAUGGAUAUCAUAAAACUCUGCGGCGGUAUGCCGGCAAAUUUUUUGGACGUCGGCGGCACCGCUACAGUCGAGACAGUGACGGAAGGUGGAAGCUAUUUUGGUGAAUAUUUUCGGCGGCAUAAUGAGAUGUGAUAUAAUCGCACAAGGGAUCAUAGACGCUACGAAACAGGUACUAAUGUCGAUAAAGCUAAACAAUUGAUAUUGGAUGCUAAGCUAAAAGUAAUUCCCGUGGACGAUUUUGCUCAAGCAGCUGAGACAUCUGUCAAGUUAGCAUCGAUGAUGAAUAUUGCGAAAACUUCGGAUUUAGAUCUCACUUUUAUGCCACAGUCCACGGCUGUCGCUCAGGCAAAGAUGGCUACCAUGUUGUCGCGGGCGAUCUUACUCGCGGAAAGUCUCGGUCGACUGAGCAGUCCCAAGAUAUUGGCGUGCAAUACUAGCUUGGUCAAACAACCGACUAGGAAUUUGAACGUUCAUGAACACAUUAGCUACAGUUUACUCAAUGAAGCUGGCGUGCCGACACCUAAAUUCGGCGUCGCCAAAACUCCUGGCGAAGCAGCUAAACUCGCUGCCGAUUUGAAGACAAAGGAUAUCGUCUUGAAGGCCCAAGUCCUCGCUGGUGGCAGAGGAAAAGGACACUUCAAAGGAACGAGUGUUAGCGGAGUGAAGAUGUGUGAAACUCCAGAAGAAGCUAAGUCGUUGGCGGGUCAAAUGCUCGGCAAAUUACUGAUUACAAAACAGACUGGCGAAGGUGGCAGAAUAUGCAACGCUGUGAUGGUCACUCAGCGCAUGUUUCCCCGUAAAGAGUACUAUCUUGCUGUCAUGAUGGAAAGAGCCUUUGGUGGUCCUGUCAUAAUAGCUUCCAGUCAAGGUGGGGUAAACAUCGAAGAAGUCGCAGCGACAAAUCCUAGCGCUAUCAUGUAUGAACCUAUCGACAUCAAUAAGGGAAUUACGAAGGAACAGGCGGAACGUAUAGUAGUCAAGCUUGGCCUCGAUAACGUGAAGGACUACAUUUCCAAUAUAAUUAUAAAUCUUUAUCAAAUGUUUCUCAAGAAAGACGCUCUUCUUUUGGAAGUGAAUCCUCUUGCCGAGGACAUAAACGGGAAUUACUUUGCUCUGGAUUGCAAGUGCCGGUUCGACGACAAUGCCGAGUACAGGCAAAAGGAACUCUUUAAUUUGAGAGACUGGACUCAGGAGGAUUCUAAAGAAGUCGAAGCUGCGAAAUUUGACUUAAAUUACAUCGCGCUCGAUGGCAACAUAGGUUGUAUGGUGAAUGGAGCUGGUUUAGCCAUGGCUACGAUGGACAUUAUAAAAUUGCACGGUGGCGAGCCGGCUAAUUUUCUCGACGUUGGCGGUGGUGCGUCGACUUCGGCGGUGAAGGAAGCAUUUAAGAUUAUCACUUCUGAUCCACGAGUUCAUGCUCUCUUAGUUAAUAUCUUCGGCGGCAUCAUGAGAUGCGACGUUAUAGCAGAAGGUAUUAUCGCCGCGACUAAAGAAUUAAGCUUAAAAAUUCCCGUCGUUGUAAGAUUGCAGGGUACUAAUGUGGACGAAGCUAAGGCUCUGAUCGCGAAUGCGGGUUUAAAAAUUGUACCAAUCGACGAUCUCGACGAGGCCGCCCGGGUGGCAGUAAAAUUAUCAACCAUUGUUAAAUUAGCUCAAUCUGAAAAUCUCAGUGUAAACUUCGAAAUACCUGCAAUUUCAUAGGUAGCAAAAAAAUAAUUGAUAAUAUAUUACUAAGACUAUUUUUGCCGAGAAUAUGUACUCAAUUGUUAAAAGAUUUCAGGAAUGUCUGAAAGUAAUAAUUACAGUAAUAACUUUAUAUGCGUAAUGUAUUCUCGUCAAAGAGUAAUAUUUUACAGUUCGAUUUUUUGCGUAACUUUACAGAAAGAGAAAAAAAUAAAAAGUAGAAUAGUUUUGAACAAGUCUGUGACAUACAAAAGUGAUACGACUGGAAGACUGGAAGAUAAAAUAUAUAAAACAAAAUAAUGUAUUUUUUUAUGUGUGUGUAUACAUACAUAUAUAUAUAUAUAUAUAAAAAAUAUAUAUAUAUAUAUGGUAAUCUUCCUCUUUAAUACAGUCGCGAACAUUUGUAAUACACAGAAUUGUACAACAUUACUCAUGACAACGCGUAAUUUAUCAGCGCUUACUCCUACAGCGCAGAGUUCUAUGAGAUCCAGUAUUAAGGAGAUUAAGUUAUAUAUAUGUAAUAUACUAUCUAUUUGCAAGCAACUGUUGCCCAUGGAAAUGUGCUUUAGAGUGUUCAAAACCAUCGACAAGAUAUUAGACAUUAAAAUAGAUUAUCAACUUUUUGAGACACUAAUAUAAAUAUUAGCUUAUAAUGCGGUGUUAAAUUUAUUAUUUAUUAUUAUGCCAAUGUUUCAUAAAUAAGUGUACAAAUUUACAACUCAAUUUUGACAAAACUACUAUCUUUUUACGAUCCGCAUGAAUAAUCGUGCAGU